AUGCCUCCAUUAGCGGGUGAAGAGCGUCUAUUGACAGUGUUCGCCGAUAUUCACUACUAUUUUACAGAGCCCACCCGGAGACCUUCGCCAUACCACCACCGCUUUGACAAGGGCUCAUAUCUAUAUGUCUACCACGACGCCUCUCAGAACAAAGCCCGAAUUGAGAUAGCCAAUAACCCUGGAUCCCCAGAGCAGGAUGCAUUUUGCGGGGAGUUGAAUCAUGUUCACAUUCGACACUCGUCUCAAUUCCCAACACUCUGUACCCUAACCGUCGAUGCACACACCAACCCAUCUCAACAACGCGCAUAUUCACCAGCUUCACCUCAACAUGAAUGGCGUCUGCCGAGUGGGGAUCCACGGGAUGAUCAGACUGAUUUUCGAGACUUUCCCCGUCUCCAUACACUAGAUAUCUACUUUUGGGGCCAGGAAGACGCAACCCAAUUCCUCGACACAGCAGAGCAGGUUCUCCCAAGUUCCCAAGUCGAAACAGACAGAGAGCCAGCUCCCCAACCAGAGCAACCCCUAAGCUCAGUGGUCCAGCAACUUGAGAAUGUCGCCGUCUCAGACCCGGCCUACCAAAACGGCCAGACACGGAACUCUCGAUCCGACACCCAAACCACCGCAUCUCAACCACCCCAAGGCCCAGGAAUCCCACAAACAACUAGCUUCCCUCCACCUCCCCCAAGCGGCCCACCAGCCGAUGAAAACUCAAGCACUGGUCACUCCCCAGCAGAGGAAAAGAAAGACCCAGCGAGCUUCGCCCCGCUGCCAUAUAACCCUGCCGCCCCAGCAGCCCCAGAACCGAUCAAACAUCGCGAGAAGACCCCACCCCCAGAAGAUGGCAUGGACGGCACAGGCCUCGCAGCCGCCGUAGCAGCCGACAACGGCGUUCCCUACACACCCCCGCACCAAGUAAUCGGCGGCGUAGGAGGGGUAGCCGGGUUCGCAUCUCCUCCACCCUCAAAUUCAACACCGGGACUAUCCUACGCCGGCCCUCCAACAACGACAAUAGGCCCACCAGGCUACGCCUCACCACCGCCUAGCGCGGGCAUACAGCAUACAGGCUCGUUCUCGUCCCAUUCUUCUAUCCAGAGUCCUGGCUUGCCCGUGCCGUCUUACUCGCAGUCUUUCCUUAGUGGCGCGGGUAGCCAGCAGUGGAAUGCUAGUGCUAGUCCACAGAGAUCGGGUUCUAUGUCUUUUGCGCCGCCACCGCCUCAGCCUCAGGAUCCAAAUGCUCGUUUGUAUGAUCAGCAGGUUUAUGGGGGUUCGCAACAGCCAUCGAUUCAGGAUAUACAGCAACAGGCUUCGACACCGGUUCCGAUGGGUGGGUUCUCGAAUUACUCGUAUGAUAAGGCUCCGAGUCAACAGCAGAGACAGCCCGGUGCAUCUGAGUAUGAUAUCCAUAGCCAGGCUUAUCGGCCCACGGAGGCUGAGGCCGGGUCUCAUUAUCAGAAGUAUGCGCAGAAGGCCAUGAAGAAUCCUGGGCAGAGGCCGAGGAAGUUGGAGGAUAAGGCGGAGCGGCUGGAAAGUGGUGUUAAUCGGUUUUUCAAGAAGCUCGAGAAAAGGCUGUGA